AUGUCUACCAACACUUCCGUCGAUGUCCCCGCCUCCUCCGAGACGAUGAUCGCCUACCAGAUCGUCCCCGGCCUCACUGAGCCCCAGCGCAAGGCCCUCCCUAUCCCCACCCCCGGUCCCGACGAGGUGCUCGUCAAAGUACUCGCCUCCGGUGUCUGCCACUCUGACGUGCAUCUUCUCGAAUGGUCCGACGGGCGCCCUUUCACCCCGUUCACGCACACGCUCGGGCACGAGUGCGCCGGCACCAUCGUCCGCCUCGGGUCCAACGUCGCGUCGGACCACACCCUCUCGGCCCGCCUCGCCGUCGGGACCUACGCCGCAGUGCUCGCCACCAACGCGUGCGAGAAGCCCGACUGUGACCGGUGCAGCCGCGGCCUUGCGAACGUCUGCUUCGCCCUCCCGCUCUACGGCCUGGGCGGGGAUGGCAGCUGGACGCAGUACAUCGUCGCCCGCGCGUGUACGGUCGUCCCCGUGCCAGGCAACGACCCCAAGUCCGCGCGGCUCUCUCCCGCGGUCGUCGCCGCCGCAACGGACGCAGUUCUCACCCCCUGGCACGCGCUCAAGAGGACCGCGGGCGUCCAACCUGGUCAGACGGUCCUCAUCUUCGGGUGCGGCGGCCUUGGGAUGAACGCGAUUCAGAUCGCGAAGAACGUCCUUGGCGCCGGUGUGGUUAUCGCGGUCGACGUCCGCGAGGAGAGUCUCUCCAUCGUCCGCAAGCUCGGCGCGGACUACGCGAUACACCCUGACGGGGUGAAGGCGCUGCUGGAGGAGAAGGGGCUCAAGGUGGACGUGGCGAUGGACCUGGUCGGCAAGCAGUCGACAUUGGAUGGGGCCGUGGCCGCGGUGCGCACGGGCGGGACUGUGGUGCUCAUCGGACUCUACGGCGAUGCUCUCUCGGUGACGCCGCUCGCCAUGACCACUAAACAGCUGAAGCUCUUGGGGAGCUUCGGUGGAGACUACCAGGACCUGGAGGAGUCUUUGCGCGCGAUCGCGGAGGGGAAGGUGACGCCGGGUGUCGAGGAGAGGCCUAUGGACCAGUGCAGGGAGGUCCUGAAGGAUUUGGCGGCAGGGCGGAUCCGCACCAGAGUCGCCCUGGUUCCUAACUAGGAGAGAGGAGUUGCUUGCUAUAGAGUAGUGGAUGUUUUACCUAUGAAUCUACGUUAAUCAACUUAGUUCUAC